AGUCGCUGGUCAACCAGCUAUCCGGUCGCGCUGAUAAGCACUCGAAAUCACUCGUGUUGCGGGUCCAAUCAUUGGACGAGACGUUAAUUAGACACGAUGACUCUUACGGUUGUUCGGAAAAACGUGAUUGAUUACGAAGAUGCAAUAUCGAGUGUUUGGUCGGUUGUUUUUUGCUGAAAUGCCCAACAGAGGAGAGAGCAUCGAGACUGAAGAUUAAAUAUUUUUCUAAAGUUUUUCUUUUUUUUUUUUUUUCUUUUUUUUUACAAUCGGAAAGAAAGUUUUUAGUUAUGUUCAGCGACGACAAAAAACAGCUCAACGAGGGCAGCUCGAGCAUGUCGAAAAAAAUUUUUCGAGCUGAAACUUUGGCCAAAAUUAAAUCCAUAGCUAGUCAUGUGGGUCUGUUGGUCACGCUGAUGAUAUACACGCUUAUCGGAGGACUGGUGUUCCGAAGAUUGGAGCUGCCAGUGGAGAUGGAAAGAUUGGGCAGAUUGGAGGAGACGUUGUUGCUAAAGAGACAAUAUCUAAUAUCGUCUAUAAAUAACACGAACGUAACGGAUUUGGCGCAAUGGGAGAGCGCGAUACUUCGCCCCUACGAGUCGUCGAUGCAAGAGGCGGCGCGAUCCGGCUUCUCCGCGGAGCUCAUUCCGAAGCUCACGGCCACGGACGAGGAGAGGCUAAAUCCGGAGCCGAUGUUUGCUGACCGAUGGAGCGUGCUCCAGGCCGUGUUUUUCGCCAGCACGAUUUUGACCACGAUCGGCUACGGGAACGUCUUCCCAACAACUUUUCUCGGCAGGGUGUUUUGCAUCCUGUUCGCUUUGAUCGGCAUACCCUUGACUCUGACUGUGAUAGCCGACUACGGUAAACUGUUAGCCGGAGCCGUCAGUUCCGCAGCGCCAAAAAUACGAUCCAAACUCCCCAAAGGCUACAACUCCUGCAUACCUACAAACCAGGCCGGGAGAAAAUCUCUGGGUGCUCUCGCCGCUGUAGGUUUGUUGUUUUUGUACUUGGCUUGCGGGGCUGGUAUAUUCAUGCUGUGGGAGACCCAUUGGACGUUUUUUGAAGGAUUUUACUUUUGCUUCGUGACGAUGACUACCAUCGGAUUCGGUGACAUCGUCCCAACAAAUACGAAAUACAUGCUAUUUUGCACCGGAUACAUACUCGUCGGUCUAGCUCUAACCAGCACGAUCAUCGAACUGGUGCGACGGCAGUAUGCCCACUCUUGGAAAAGACUGCAAGCCCUGAGAGGGCCCCUGGCAGAAACGCUCAGGAGAAUCGGAGAGCAGGCCGGUGGCGACAUGUCUUCGUUGCAAACUGAUCUCAAACGCGUGCUGAAAGUCAUCUCGAUGCCUCGUCGGAGAAAAAGUGGUGCUGAAAGUCACGACAUGAAGGACAGCGAGUGGGAGGAGGCGGUGGAGCAAAUUCUCCGGGACAUCGCUGCGUCGUCCCAACCGGAGCCCGAGUUACCUCAGCAGCCGAGAAAAUCCGUCGUGCAGAUUAUCAUCUACGAAUCGAGUGUCUGAAUUUUCGAGUCCACCUCGAUCACUUUUAACCCAACGAUUAGGUUUUUUAAUUAAAUGUGUACUUAUCAAGAGUUUUUUUUUAAU